CCGUUUUCUAUAUUCAUUUGGUUGACGAAGAAAAUUUCUCUGAGUAAUUCCCUCAGGAAACCGAAAAUUUUAAGAUGUGUAUAACAGUCUAAGGUACAAAGAUCAUUAGAAACUAUGCACAACCAUGUUCUCCACUCGGUCGUGUUCCUUCUUGGUCUCGUUUCCUUCAUCACAUGUUUUAUAGCCGAGUUCAAGAGAACAAAGCAAGAAGACGUUCGAUGGGACACAGAGAGGAACUGUUAUAUACCAAGAAGCCAUGCUUUUUGGCUCGGAACAGCCGCUGUUCUUUGCUUCUGUGUUGCUCAGAUCGUUGGAAACAUAGUUGUGUUCCGAAUUUACAGGACAGGAACCAAAAGAGAAGAUGGUUACAAGAUUACUAAUCUUACUUUACCAACUGUUCUUUUGAUUCUCUCCUGGUCGAAUUUUGUGGUCGUGGUUUUGAUUCUGAGUACUGCAAUAAGCAUGAGCCGACUGCAGCCUUUCGGAGAAGGAUGGCUUGAAGAAGAUUGUUACCUUGUCAAAGACGGUGUCUUUGCAGCGUCAGGUUGCUUAUCCAUCCUUGGACUAGGAGCCUUGACUAUAUCAGCCAAUAAGACCAAAGUAAAGAAGCAGCAACAACAACUUGAGGCAAUCAUAACCAAAGACCAAGACCAAACAAAACCAGAAGGAAGAAAGCAGAACCAUGAUGAUCACCAAAUGAACAAGUCAGAAACUGUCAUUUAUUUUGUGGAAGAAGCACCUUCCACUGCUGAUGACAGGAUAUAAAUAAAAAGAAGCAAAAAGAGAAUUUACUAUAUUUAAUAUUUACAAAGUUGUAUUUGAUGGAUAAUUAGUGCCUUUAUAUUGGAAAUGUUGAAUGGACACAACAACGCGCCAAGCACACUAAAUG